AUGUCGACCCAAGCCAGCAAGACCGCGUCGGGCUCGUAUGCCUCCGUCUACGUCCUAGGCGGCACGGCGUACAAGUCCUUUGCCCGCGAAUUCGAGGGCGCGAAGAACGAGUUCGACGCGCUCGCGAGCGUGUACACCACCUGCAACCCCGGCGCGUUCCUCCUCGCGCCCAAGCCGAUCGCCCUCCAGAACGCCGACAAGAGCGUCGACCCCGCGUUUGCGGGGGAGGCUGUCCCCGCCGACGUCGUGGCGGAACUGGGGAAGCUGCCGCCGCCCGCGAUCGCGAUGGAGCGCAUCUACGACAUCCCGGACGCGCUCAAGGGCGCGCUGGCGCAGAUCAUCAAGCUCGACGAGAAGAAGGCGCCGGAGAUCAAGUUGUGCCUGCUGGGCAUGGGCCGCGAGGCGAUCAGGGGCCCGGUGAGCCUCGCCAGCGUGCUGCUGACCCCGACUACGUACGCGGACCUCGCACAGCGGGUGAAGGGCGCGGUGGCGCUGCCGCCAGUCGAAGAUGUCGUGCGCGGGAUAGGGGCGGCGGUCGCGCGGAUCCAUUGGAGGGCGGGGUACGAUGCGAAUGACAUCGAGUUUGCGAUGGGCGCGGAUGGGAGUGGGCAUGUGAAAUUCUUCGUCUUUGAUUUCAACAAGAUGGAGCGCGUCGGCGAGAAGCCGGAUACGGACAAGCUGGUCAAGGCGUUCAGGAGCAACAACAAGUAUUAUCCACUUUCGGGGGCGCUGUUCGAAGUGCUGAAGGCGGGAUAUGAGAGUCAGCUCGACGGGGCGUCUAAGGAGAAGGGGGAGGCAUUCUUGGCUGCGCUGACCAAGUCGUCUGCGGAGAAAGAAAAGAGUGGGACGGCCUAG